ACUUCCGGCCUUUGUGACUCAUUGUGUCUGAGUCGAGGCGUCGGCAGGGCCUAGGUCCUUGUGCAGCGCCCUUCGGCCGGUCUGAGCCCCAGAGUCAGCUCCCCUUUCUCUCCCAGCGCCCCAAGGCUGCUCCCGGGGCUCACGAAACGUCUCCUAGGACAGAAAGGAAAGCACAGACCCUGUUUGGACCCUGUUUGUUUGGAUCAAGUCAGUUCCCUGACCCUGAAUGAUGACUGCUGAAUCAAGGGAAGCCACUGGUCUGUCCCCCCAGGCUGCCCAGGAGAAGGAUGGUAUCGUAAUAGUGAAGGUAGAAGAGGAAGAUGAGGAAGACCACAUGUGGGGGCAGGAUUCCAGCCUGCAGGAGACUCCUCCUCCUGACCCAGAGAUCUUCCGCCAGCGUUUCAGGCACUUCUGUUAUCAGAACACUUUUGGGCCUCGAGAGGCUCUGAGUCGGCUGAAGGAACUCUGUCAUCAGUGGCUACGACCAGAGAUAAACACCAAGGAGCAGAUCCUGGAGCUGCUGGUGCUGGAGCAGUUCCUUUCCAUCCUGCCCAAGGAGCUUCAAGUCUGGCUGCAGGAAUACCGUCCUGAUAGUGGGGAGGAGGCUGUGACCCUUCUGGAAGAUUUGGAGCUUGAUUUAUCAGGACAGCAGGUCCCAGGUCAAGUUCAUGGACCUGAGAUGCUUGCAAGGGGGAUGGUGCCUCUGGAUCCUAUACAGGAGUCCACAAGCUUUGACCAUCAUGAGAACACCCAGUCCCAUUUCAAGCAUUCAUCUCGGAAACCCCGCCUCGUACAAUCACGGGCUCUUCCUGCCACCCAUGUUCCUGCCUCUCACCACGAGGAGAGUCCCAGAGACCAGGCAAUGACAUCUGCACUACUCACGGCAGAUUCCCAGGCGAUGGUGAAGAUCGAGGACAUGGCUGUGUCCCUUAUCCUGGAGGAAUGGGGAUGUCAGAACCUGGCUCGGAGGAAUCUCAAUAGGGACAACAGGCAGGAGACUUAUGGGAACGUGUUUUCCCAGGGUUGUGAAAGCAGGAAUGAGAACGAGCAGUCAACCUCCAAGGCUAAAAUCGCAGAAGACUCAGCAUCACGUGGGGAGACAAGAGGAAGAACCCAGAAAGAUUUUGGAGAAAAACGUGAACAGCAGGGCAGAACAGCAGAAAGGCAGCAGAGGAAUCUGGAGGAAAAAACUGGAAAAGAAAAGAAAGAUUCAGGGCCAGCUGUGGUCAAGGAAAAAAAAGCGAACACAGGAGAGAGAGGUCCCAGGGAGAAGGGUAAAGGACUGGGAAGAAGCUUCAGUCUGAGUUCAAACUUCAACACCCCUGAAGAAGUUCCAACAGGAACAAAGUCUCAUAGAUGUGAUGAAUGUGGUAAAUGCUUCACAAGGAGUUCAAGCCUUAUUCGCCAUAAAAUCAUCCACACUGGAGAAAAGCCCUAUGAAUGUAGUGAGUGUGGGAAAGCCUUCAGUCUGAACUCAAACCUUGUCUUGCAUCAGAGAAUCCACACGGGAGAGAAACCUCAUGAAUGUAAUGAGUGUGGCAAAGCCUUCAGUCAUAGUUCGAAUCUCAUUCUGCAUCAGCGAAUCCACUCUGGAGAGAAACCUUAUGAAUGUAAUGAGUGUGGGAAAGCCUUCAGCCAGAGCUCAGACCUUACAAAACAUCAGAGAAUCCACACAGGGGAGAAACCCUAUGAAUGUAGUGAAUGUGGAAAAGCUUUCAACCGAAACUCAUACCUUAUUUUGCAUCGGCGAAUUCACACCAGAGAAAAGCCCUAUAAGUGCACUAAGUGCGGCAAGGCCUUCACUCGAAGCUCUACUCUCACUCUGCAUCACAGAAUCCACACCAGAGAGCGAGCCUCUGAGUACAGUCCGGCCUCCCUUGAUGCAUUUGGAGCAUUCCUGAAAAGUUGUGUGUAAAGUGAGAAUUUGUCAACAAGCCAUUUACCCCCUUUGUUUCUAAAAUUAUUUCAGCGAUGUGUGCUCAUGGAAGGGAAAAGACAUCCUCAACAGAUUUUUUUAAAAAUCACAUUUAAGGAUCCUUGUAGUUAGAUUAGGAGUGUUCUGCCUUUGCAUAGUCUGUAGGCAUAUUCUUCCACAUAGCCCCUGUAGGGAAAAGCUAGUCAUGUGGAUAAGCCACACAUUUCCAUAUGAGAUAAAAGCACACACAAUAAAAUGUCAAGCUUUUCAGUAAUGAGGAUACCUUUGAGGCGCUAUUUUACUCUCAACAACCACAAUAAUAGGAUUGAAAGAUUGAGAUUGGCUCUGUAAAAGCUGCUUGCUGCAAAUAAGCCCUGGUUGGCCGUCAUCUUGCUAUACCUUAUCUCUCAAAAAAGAGACAAUUAAAAACUACAUUGGGACAUGCUGCUCAAACUAGUUAUAUAUAUGAUAAGUUAUAUAUAUGAUCACUGGUAGCCUACCAAAGCUAUAGAAAUCUAGGACUGUGCUGAUAAGUAUCAAACCAAAGAUUUCUAUCUCUUCCUGAAAGAGAGGGUAUGUGCACCAGUCUAUAGUUCCAAAGGACUGCCACAAAUGUAGAUGGUUUUAUCCUCAUCGCUGAGAUAAAUUCUACUGACAUGGCAACAAUGAUUCAAAACAUUUCUCUCCCUUCUGGAAGAAAUCCCUAAAGCACUAGUUGUACUCUGAAAUGCCAUUUCUCCACAUGUUAGCACUUGAUUAUAUGCUGUCUUUUAAGCCUUCAUUGUUUCAUGUAUGAAAGUUCUCAUUACUCCCCAAAAGAGAUGCUUUGAUUGACAAGGGAUAUAUUUAUAUCCUUGACAGCACCGGACACAAUGCUGAACACACAAGAGGCACUCAUUGUGCCUGACUUCUAACAGGACUUUUGCACUUCUGAAGCCCUGUGAGUACCUGAAAUAUGGUAGCCUGACCUAGCCUUUGAAGAGGACAUUCAGAGCCUGAGGCAUGCUAAAGCUCUGAGGUCUUAUGCUAUUCUUGUCCUACUUAUAAAAGAAAGGCACCGGCCACUUGCAUAGACUCUAUAAACAUGGAUCAGUGAGCACCAUGGAAUAUCAGAAAUGACUCUAUUCUCAUCAUCUUAAGAAAAAUACAAAAACAUACUAAGGCCAUUUUUUGACAUCUUUUUCUAGCAAAGCUGUUAGCCAGAAUUUUCUUCAGUCAGCUACUGAACAAUGUGGUGAUUUGGACAAUUUCUGAGUAAUUUGUAACUUGAAAUGAUACAGUUCAGACAAUGUAGUUUUUGUUGCUUUUCAGAAAAAGGAAAAUGUAGGGAGUAUUUUUCCCCUGCACUUUCCAAAAACUUCACAAAAGCAUUUGACGUUACCUGGCCAUUACUAAAUGUGUUAGUUGCUCUGAGAAGUUCACUGACUUGCUAAUUAAGAUGUGGUUGGUUGUAUCAAAGUCAUACUGUACAAUGUCUUCUCAUCACUAAAGACCGAGGUGAGGUUACAAAACUUUUAUCUUUUUCACCAUUACAGGAGGAUGCAUUUGGCUGUCUGGAAGCUAAGACAGAAUUUUCAGAUACACGUACAAGAGACCCACUUAUCGGGGUCUACAUAAGUAGUCAUAAGGGAUUCGAGUAAAGAUGACUCAGCUCAUGAGAGCAUGCAAAUGAUUGUGGACAGCCCUGCGGGAACUUAGACCAUAGAAUUAGAACAUAUCUGAAGGCUGUCCCCAUAACAGAAGAACCCCACACAGCGGCUGAAAUUUUCCAUCAAGAAACAGAACUAAAAAUUUUGUUUGCUAACCAACAACUCAAGCCCAUGAGACAGCAUGUCUUUAUGGGGAGCCAGUGAGGUGGGGGUAGCUGUGACCUCAGUUCCAGACCAAACUAAAACUGCACAGCAGUCAUCCUUUGGCUUCUAUUACUUGGACCAACCACAGCUUCCCUAUAGUUCCUAAGCAGUUUCAUCUGUUUCCUGGGGAAACUUCAAAGAAGUCAGCUGAUGACCAGAAUAUUUCUAUCCAUUCAAUUUAAGAAAAAUAAAGAUACUCCAGAAGAGUAUACCUAAGUAAUGUGUUAAAGUAAAGUGAAGUUAAAGAAAUGCUUUUAGUAUUUUCUUCAGAGUGAGCCACGUGAUGGUUGCAUGGAAAAUUGCUGGUGCUUUUGAGAAAAGACUUUGCUGCUGGGAAGCAACUGAAAGCAGCGAGCUGCUUUAACUCCAGGCACUGAGCAAAGCACUGACUGCUCUUAGGGAAAGAACUUUGGUUGGUUCCACACUGGCUUUUUUUUUUCCAGAACUACAAGCUGAUAGAAUUCAGCCAUUUUUUUAAAACAAAAGUUAAAUAUAACCUGUGCCCCCACUUUUAGUUCCCAUUUUUCUGGGAUAUCAUGCUGUGUGGGAUAGCCACUGCAGUUGCUUCAGAUCUUCAGCAGAUUCACUCCUUGAAGCAACUACUUGAAGAUAUGUUUUCUGAAGAAAAAAAAAACAGACUACAAAUGUUGAUUUAAACCAUUUACAUCGCUUUUAUCAGCUGCUCAAGGCAGAGUAUAAUUGAGUUAUGGUCAAAAAGGCUUACAACAUCUAAUUAGUGCUCAGGAUAGUCACUUAGUAGCCCUUGACUGGCUAAAGUCUGUUAACAGUUUACUGUGUAGUUAAGCAGUAGCAUGUUAGUUGACCUAAUGGAAAUUUUUGAAAGUCUUUUCAAAACAAUACCUUAACCUUGCCAGGAAGAGAAGUAAAGUUCUUCAAGCUGUGGGAUAUUUGUUUCUACUCUGGCCUGGCAGGCAAUGCGAAGGCCUGAGAAGAGAGAUCUAUGAGGCUUCUUAACAUGUAAGGCACUUAGUAUUUUAUUAAAGGCAUAAAGGUGAAACUAUGCUGAAUAUGUAUAGAGAGGUCGAUAUGUUUGUUAUGGGAGACUAUUCACAUCUUAUGUACAUCAGUAAAUUCAUUCCGGAAGGGAACCUCUUGAAUGUGAUAAUGUGGAAAAGCCUUUAAUCACAUCUCAGCCCUUAGCAUCAGAAAGCUUACACUGUAAAUAAACUUUAUUAAUAUAUGUGAGGAAACCUUUCAUGUGUAGCACUUGUUGCUUUGGACAGAAAAUAAGUUCCACCAGUAUGUUCCAAUGGUAAUGAAUUUCAGAAACACUGCAAAGGACACUUAAUCAACUCCAGAGGAUCCACAGAGGGAAAAAUUGUGGGGGAAAUAGCAAAAUGUACAACCUCUUACAAAAAUUGUCAAUGUUGAGUACUUCUAUAUAUAUUUUGUAUGACCUUAAUGUCAGUGUCUGUGUUUUGUACCUCUAGCCCCAGUUGCUAUUCUGUAUACUCUCUGUAAACAGAUAAUGUAUUUUAUUUUAAUCUAUUUGACAGAACACAUCACCUAAAAGAGCAGAGUUUUGGAGUGAGUAGUAAAGAAGUUGAUGUGAUUAUAGACACAAAACAUCAGUUCACAGAACUGAGGAGGGGGAGUAUGAGAAAAAACCUCAUAGUUUGGUGCUUAUCAAAUCAGAAGACAAGGUUAGUAGAUGGGUUAAGAAAGACAGGUUAAUAGGGUGCUAAAAUUGAAUAAUUCCUAUAAACAUUUGCAGCUCCUUGAGAGUUUUCAAACCAGAAAGUUGACUUCUUAGCUGCCAGGUCACCAUUUUAAGCAAAGAGAAUGGGUUGUCUGAGCUCAUCAGGGGAAGUAAGAGGGUCUUCUCCGUGAAUUGAGAGUAGGGAGAGUACUGGAAAGGCUAGUGGGACCACUUAAGUUGACUGGAUUCUAUAAACCAUAGUCUUUCUUCCCCCAGGAACUCUUAAAUGUUUAUACUUAGAAAAUUUGGGAUAGGGAAACACCAAGAUGGACUCUUUCCUGGAAAAAAACAGAUGCUUGCAUUUCCUGGCAUUGCAGGAAGUUUUUCUGACAGCAUUUUGCAGUAUUCCUGUUGGCUGUGCUCUGUACCUUCCCUGCUCCCACUCUUCCUGGUUUAUGCUUAUUAGGAGAGAAGGCUUGUGACAAUUCAUAGCUGUGAAAACUUUUUUUCCUAGUUUUUAUCCUGGAUUUGAUUACCUUUUGUUCCAGAGUCUGGCCAUACUGAUGUACUAAUCUAAAGCCAACCAGGUUCAUCCUACCAUCCUCAUGGAAGAUGCAUUGUGUGAAUUGGAGGAACUAUUACAAUGUAGUCAAGCGGUGACAGCCAUACUUGCAAGAGGAGCCAUAUUUUUGUGUGUCCCUCUCUGAGCAACUUCUCAAAAUAGGGGGCUGGGGUUUCCCACCUGGGAAACUAAAUGAAGGUCUACAGAUUGCAAAGUGAAAUGUAGAGUCAGAGAAAAGGAAAUUGAGUGGUAUUAAUAGAUCUUUUCAUAAAAGUUAGAGUAGACUUUAUUUCAACUGCUACUGAAGAAUUUAAUAAAAAGCAUUAUUUGAAAAAUUUUCCUAACAUAGAUUUAGGUUUCAUUUUUAGAAUGGACACACUACUAUACAUUAAAAGUAGUUACUUAUUUUGCUAUUAAAAUUAAUUUUUUAUAUCUGAAAAAUUACCUGUUUUCAAAGCUUUGUAAAACAAACUUGAAGUUAUAGGGAGAUAAGCCAUCUCCAAUUCUGCAAAUCAAACAAAAGUUUGGGAAGUACUUUGAACAUCUCAUAAUACAGACUAUCUUAACAUAAAAUCUUAGUUUCAGAUGGUCUGGUUCUAUUCAGUAGUAGACACCACAACCUCAUGGUUUUCUGUCCUCCUAAAACAGUGGAAGACACAGCAUUAAGUUGACUUCUAAACAAUGGUCUGCUGUUACUUUAACAAAUUUUUAAAAUCUCAGGAUUUUCAUCUCCAUUUACUAAAUAGUCUCACUUCAAAUUACACAGUAAUCAGCGAAGUUAAUUGGUCGUAAAAUUUAUUUUCUCCCUUCAGAAAGCACUCAUUAAGCAGUGAGGAUGAGUGUUUUAAGAUAUAUAGAAUUAGAUCUGUGAGUGAGUGAAAGGUGGUUUUGAAACUUGGAUUUAAUUCUGGUUUCAGAUUUGGGUUUUAAAUUCCUUUGAUUCAGAGAAGGAACUAGGCAGCUGCUAUUGUUUAGUCUCCUGACAAGGUCCAAUAUGCUGGGAAGGAGAGUGGGGAGAAGGGUUGUAACAGCUCUGCACUCUCAGCUAAAGAAGAGGAAUGAGGCAGCCCGGUGGAAGGAGAAAGAACCAUGGGAGUGUGUUGAGGUCAGUGCUUGCUUGCCUUCCCUUUCACCUCAGCUAGUUAACAGUUUAAGGUUUUAGUCUGCCCCGGGAAGAACAAAGCAUGUUAAGGCUUAGAGAUGCUUCUGCAAGUAGCAGGGAUUCUUACAGGAAGACAUAGGAGGGGUGUGGGAUGGGAAGAAGUGGGUAAUGUGUAUGCAGGAAAAUCUUGUUCUAAAAAUAUAUGAGUUUAGGGGUAAGGGGUGGGAUAUGCAAGCAAAGUCAAUUAUUUUAAAAUGAACAUGUAUUUUUAUUAACUUUUAGUUAUAGAUUAUUACAACCAGCUCAAAAUGAUAAGCCUAAAUCUAUAUAGAGAGUUAAGUCAGACAUUAUCUUGUUUAAAACAAGAACAAACACUGUCUUGAAUGGAACAAAUCUUCCUGUUUUGUCAGUUCUUGGUUUUAUAGUUUAGAAUAAAUUAGACAAAAAGACGACACCUGUUUCUGUAUACCUGCAGAAUUAAGUUAUUGCUGUUAAAACCUGGCCUAGUCUGAAGAGUCCAGAUGCUUGGUAGAUGCUCAAUAAAUUACUUUUAAAAUGAAUUUGUUCUUUUAAAACACUCAACAGUUCUAGAAAGACUUCUUUCAAUCAAUAAUGGAAUCUUAGAAGAAAGGUUUGUUUUUAAGGUUAGGGAACUCCACUGAAAAUAAUUUUAAACUUUAACUUAGUGAAGUUGCAAUCAUGAGAAAUGGCAGCAAAGUUAAAUGUAUACACAUUUGUAGUCAAUGAUCCAUUUUAGGAGGCUGAUGGUAUCUGACAAAUUAAUGUAGUGAAGUUGGGGAAGGAAAUUGGGAUUCAUAAUCUAUGUUAUUGCUCUUCUGGGUCAUGGUAAAAUAAAUUAUCUUUAGGUGACAAUGUUUGUGGGGGUGGUUUUGUUUUUUGUCAUCAUAAAUACACAUUUGAGGUAAAGAAAAUACACUUUAUAAGUUAAAAACUGGAACUUUGACCCACAAUCCAAAUGAAGUUUUAAGUAUUUUCACAAGGGCUCCCUAUGAAACGCCACCAUAGAGCUUUGGGUAGGUUCUUCAAAAGGGGAACAAGGUGAAAAGCCAUAGAAUAAAGUAACUUUUUAAUGGUCACGCAAUUUUAUUAUAAGAUGGAACCAUUAAAAUAACCUUUGACUAAUUCAUGUCUUAAAAAAUUGAAUAUCCUGGCAGAGGCCGCAGUUCAGUCACCGACAUGCAGCUUUUUGUCUGCGCCCAGAAGCCACACACCCUCAAGGUGACUCAGCCAGGAGACUGUUGCCCAGAUCAGGGCUCAUGUAGCCUCGCUGGAGGACAUCGCUCCAAAAGAUCAAGUGGUGCUCCUGGCAGGCACUCCCCUAGAAGAUGAGGCUACCCUGGGCCAACGUGGGGUGGAGGCUCUGACCACUCUGGAAGUAGCUGGCUGCAUGCUGGGAGGUGAAGUCCAUGGUUCCCUGGCCCAUGCUGGGAAAGUAAGAGGUCAGACCCCCCAAGGUGGCCAAACAGGAGAAAAAGAA